AUGUUUACUGGCUCUGACGAUGUCGGUCACAUGACGGACAAAAGUUCAGCACGGAGUCAUCAGGGUCGUAGGACGGUCAGUCGAGGUCUUCUUCGCACAAUUCAACAGACAAAAGUCCAAGACAACCCUCCUGCGGUAUCCGGUGGGGUCAAUCUACGAAUGCCUUCGACUCGCCUUCUCAAAAGAAGUGAAAGGUACGCUAGUAUCAAUCUAUUAAGGGAUUCUUCAAAACCCAGCUUCUCUUCAUAUAAAAAAUAG